AGCCUUUCAUUUUCGUAGAGUUGGCAGAGGGCAUAUCACGCAUUAUUUGUUUUGAUGCUGAUUUCGUUUCUCAACAUAGUCAUAAAUGUAGUGUCAUGGCUGACUUCGAUGCAAUUUACGAAGAAGAAGAAGAGGAGGUUGAAGUUCCAUAUGAAGAAAGCUAUGUUACCCUUGUCCCAGACCCAGUUGUUGUUCGUGGAGCAGGCAAUAUGACGGUGUUUGGGUUAAGCAACAGGUUUGAAGCAGAAUUCCCAAAUGGCCUUGUUUCUCGUGUCGCUCCGGAAGAAUACAAGGCAACAAUUAUGCGUGUGAACAGUGUUUUGAAGAAAACCUUGCCUGUCAACGUCAAGUGGCUGUUUUGUGGCUGUGUUUGCUGUUGCUGCACGUUAGGCUGUUCCUUGUGGCCUGUAAUCUGCCUCAGCAAACGGACUCAGCACUCUAUAGACAAGUUACUGGAGUGGGAAAACAGUCAUUUGUACCAUAAACUUGGCCUGCACUGGAGACUUGCCAAGCAAAGAUGUGAUUCUUCAUCAAUGAUGGAAUAUGUUCUUUUGAUUGAAUUCAUUCCAAAAAUUCCAAUAUACAGGCCUGACUAAGAAACUGAAGAUCGUUCCUGUGAGACAACACAAGUUCUAUCAUAACUAGCGUGUGAAUACUCCUCAGAUCAUUUCAUUGACACAGUUGUCAUUUGUUUGGAAUUGUCUGUGAAAUUACAGAUGUGUAAAGGACAUACAUGUUCAUCCAAAAUAUUUAUGUUGAAAAUCUCAAAUGCUCUUCGUGCAGUGACUUCUGUUUAGUAAUGAUAAGGUCGCCCACUUUUGAUUGUUCUAGGUUUUAAUAUUAUUUUAUUAUUAAGGAAAAUCUCUUGUAAUUCUUUAGUGUUGUUUGACAGUCUCGAUAAUAAUUAUUUGGAAAUACUGGAAUGAAAGGCAGCUAGAGCAGGAAAUGAGGUGACUGACAGUUCCUGUGCAGGAGACCUGCUGUGAUUGUGUGAUAAUGUUGUGGAAAUUAACAUUAAUUGUGCUUCAUUUUAAAAUUAUUGAGUGGAUAAAAUGAUUGGACUUAGUAAGACUGAAAACUGAAAGUUAAAGUACCAGAAAUUUUGAAGUGCUGACAUGUUUACCCACAAUCAAUGGAAAACAAUAAGCUUGAAAAUUUACUCACCAGUUUCCAUACACUUCAUUUUUCGUGGAGGAAAAAUGUGUCCUUGUGUCCCAUGGGUAUUUCAAAUGCAUAUCUCCAAUUUUUUAAACAUAUGUACAAUGUGUUGGUUUGCAUAGGAGUCUGUGAAAUUAAGCCUGUGGUGUGCUGCCGUAAACAGAGGACAAUUAUUUUUUGUCAUGUUCAUCACAGAGCUUUGGGUUCGAACUGUGAUUCCAGGAUAUAUAACUAUAAAACUGUCACCUGGUUCUUGCAGAUUUCUGGAAAACAGGAAAUAAAAGAAACAGUUUUUAAGUUUAUAGUUGCAUAUAUUUUUGUUGGUUGAUAAUUAGAGUUCUCUGACAUGACAAUAAAAAUGUUAAUAAAAUCAGAACAUUUAAUUCAUUGAGGUGUUUCUGUGGGGUCUGUAGAAGUGGUGCACAAUUGUAAAUAUUAUUCACCAAAAGCUGUUGUAGUUAUUGCAGAUACAGUUAUUUUAACAUAGUCUAUUUUUUGUGUUCAGUUUUCGGAGAGUUAACAUUCUUCACCAGAACAUUAUAUACUGAUAGAUGCAUAUCUCUUGACCUUUGAUUGGAAAUUCUUGUCAUGCAUUGUGGGAACUGUGUUUCCUUCUUAAUUUAUGAUUUUUCAUUGCCUGCAGGUACUUAGAUUUGAUCUCCAGUAUAGCUGAUUUUGAUGAGCUAUCAAUUUAACAUACUUUGUGAGGUAGAAUUCUACACAACAAAGAGUGAUGGAAUGUGGACACCAUGUGUUUCAGUUUAUUUCUUAAUUGUUGUUACUAUUUAGAUAAAGUAUUUUGAAUUAUUGUGUGUGUGUGUGUGUGUGUGUGUGUUUGAUUGUUCAGUGGUAGAUGACUCCAUUGCUGUUGGGCUGACCUGUAAUUUUAAUUUCUAGUAUUGAAGAAAGGAACUAGGCUGUACAGUCAUUAUAUAUUGCAAAGGAAAUGUUGUUAUAAAUUUAAAAAAAUACAUGUAUAUAGUAAUAACAAAUGAAAUUACCUGUUAUUUUUUU